AUGGUCUUGCACAGCACAACCUCACUCUCAAUCUUCGUCCAAGCCAAGAUGCGCGUCGCCGUCCUCACUGCCGUCGUCGGCGUCCUCACCGGCAUGGCUGCCGCCGCUCCUCCCAACAGCUCGGCCAAGUCCGUCGUCGACUGCGUCAACGCCACGGCUACCUUCACUCCUGGAAACCGUCCGACCUUGCCGGCCGACAACAAGAACGAGGCCAUGAGCUCUGGCGACCCGGAUGCCGACUUCAACGAUUGCGUGGACAAGUGCCCUGACAGCACCUUCCAGCACAUGCUCUGCGUGAUCAAGUGCGCCUUCAAGUACGGCCUCUAG